AUGAAUAACACAGAUUUAAAAAUUUUAAUUGAUGAUUUAGUAUUUAAUCAAAAUUUUCUUAAUUAUUAUGAUUUAAAAGCAUAUCUCCAAAAAUAUAAUAAUAAUAUAACGGGUGAUGAUAUGGAAUAUUAUUAUCCAUAUUAUAAAAAUGAAAUUUUGAAAUAUCAUAAUAAAAUAAUUUCUGAAAUUAAAGACAAAAUUAAAAAUAAUGAAUAUAUAAAGGGAAAAACUAAAUCACAGCUUAAACAGUUGAAAGAUUUCAAAAAUAAAGUAUUAACAGAAGAAGAUAUUGAUGAAUUAUAUAAAUUAUAUAAUCCCGAGCCGCAAAAGCCAAAGGAACAAAAACAAAAGGAACAAAAACAAAAGGAACAAAACACCCAGGUCCUUCAGACCAUAAAUGAUGCACAAGCUUUAAUUUAUGAUUCAUUAGUUAAACCAUAUUCAGCCCGACUUUUAAAUGAAGAUCAACUUUUGGAAUUCAUCCUUCAACAUAAACUCGAAGCGGGAAAGUAUAUCAAACCUUUAUAUACAGCAUAUUUAAAACAAAUGAAUAAAAUACAUCCAGAAUUAAUG